CUGUUAUGUUGAAACAUGGCGGCUCCCAUGGCAGAAAAUUUGGUCGUUGUUUUGGCUCUGGUGUCAGCUUGUACGGCACAGCUAGAGUUGGAUGACAGAUUCUUAGAGCAGAGGAAAGAGGGAUUCUGGUUGGUGGAGUUCUAUGCCCCGUGGUGUGGUCACUGCAAGAAGCUGGAGCCCAUCUUCCACCAGGUGUUCCGCGAACUCAGGAGCACGCCGAUCCGGGUCGGCAAGAUAGAUGCCACAAGGUUCUCAAGUGUGUCCUCGGAGUUUGACGUUCGAGGAUUUCCAACCAUCAAGUUUUUCAGUGGAGGUAAUGUCUACACUCACAGAGGAGACAGGACCAAAGAAGAUAUCAUGGAAUUUGCUCAACGGGCACAAGGUCCCGCGGUGAGGAAGUUGGCCAGUGUUGGGAAGUACAAUGAGGCCAAAAGUAAACACGCUGACAACGUAUUCUUCCUGCAUAUUGGUGAAGAUGACGUGAAUGAGGAACUCUAUUCCAUGUAUGCAACAGUAGCAGAAAAAUACAUAGUUCAAGGGUAUUUCUACGCUGGGUCCAGAAAUAUCCUGCCAGAAGCCCUUAAGGUGAAAUUGAAAGGCUACCCAGCUGUAGUUGUUUUUAAAGAUGGGACUUACUAUGAAUAUGAAGAUGAGGAUGGUGUUGUCCGGAAGAGCUCGCUGGACAGAUGGGUGAAUCGGGAACGUUUCCCAGCAUUCCCCCUGUUGCAGGCGGUGGCCUGAAUGAGAUGGCGGACUCUGGCAAGUUGAUGGCCAUCGCUGUGGUCAACCUUGAGGAAGAAGAGUUCAAACAGGAAAACAAUAG